GUGGUUUGGGACAGGGAAGUAGGCUAGGGGCCGCCGCCUCUGGGCUCCCAGUGGAAGGCAGAAAUGAGAAAGGAGUUUAGGGUGUGAUAAAUACCCACAGAGGUCAGAUGUAGCUAUGGAUGCAGGCGAUAAAAAGUUUAAAGCAAUCAGCUGUGCGGCCUCUGCAGCGCUCCUUUCGCCCUCCCUAAUCUUCACCUCGUGUCUCCCCUAGUCCCUGUCUCCUGGCUGGGUCCUGCUGCCCCAGGGAAAGAAGACAUGCCUUCUCCCAUCCUGGCUAACACGGUGAAACCCCGUCUCUACUAAAAAUACAAAAAAUUAGCCGGGCGUGGUGGCGGGCGCCUGUAGUCCCAGCUACUCGGGAGGCUGAGGUAGGAGAAUGGCGUGAACCCAGGAGACGGAGCUUGCAGUGAGCCAAGAUCGCGCCACCGCACUCCAGCCUGGGCAAAAGAGCGAGACUCCGUCUCAGAAGAAAAAAAAAAAAAGACAUGCCUUCUCGGUGAAUGUUGCUUUGCUUCCUGAGGGCAUGGCUACCCGGGGCUCCUGGCUUUUCUUCCAAAAACAAAACCUUUCUUCCAUUUUUUCUUUUUCUUUUCUUUUCUUUUUUUUUUUUUUUUUGAGACAGAGUUUCACUCUUGUCGCCCAGGCUGGAAUGCAAUGGCCCAAUCUCGGCUCACUGCAACCUCCGCCUCCCGGGUUCCAGCGAUUCUCCUGCCUCAGCCUCCUGAGUAGCUGGAAUUACAGGUGCCCCCCACCGCACUCGGGUAAUUAAAGAGAUGGGGUUUUGCCAUGUUGGCCAGGCUGGUCUCGAACUCCUGACCUCAGAGGAUCCGCCCGCCUCGGCCUCCCAAAGUGCUGGUAUUACAGGUGUGAGCCACUGUGUCCAGCCACCGGUUUUUUUUCCAUUUUUUGAGACAGGGUCUUGCUCUGUUGCCCAGGCUGGAGUGCAGUGGCAUGAUCACAGCUCACUGCAGCCUCAACCUCCAAGGCUCAAGCAAUCCUCACACCUCAGCCUCCUGAGUGGCUGGGACUACAGGUAUGCACUACUACGUCGGGCUAAUUUUUAAAAAAAAUUUUGUAGUGACGCAGGUCUCUCUAUAUUGCCCGGGGUGGUCUUGAGCUCCUGGGCUCAAGCGAUCCUCUGGCCUUGGCCUCCCAAAGUGUUGGGCUUACAGACAUGAGCCACCAUGCCUGGCCUAGAGAGUUUCUUUCUUGUUGGGGUUGUUCACCGGUGGGAGGUGCACCACUGUGCCGUGCUGACUAUAUUCAUAGAGUUAUGUAACCAUCACUCUCAUCUAAUUUCAGAACAAAAGGAAACCCAUACCCUCUCACAGUCAGUCCUUCAUUCUCCCCUCCCCCCAUCCUGUGGCCACCGCUAAUUUACUUUCUGUUUCUAUGGAUUUGCCUGUGAUCACAACCAGAGGAUUUCUGUGACAUGCUAAGUUACCUAACCAUGGUGUGGAAGGAGAGAGAAAUGGAGUGAAGUCGGGGACCCACCAGGGAACACGUGGCUUGAGGGCGGGGGGAGCGUGAAGGUAAAGGCUUGUUUGGGGGCUCAAGGCAGUCUGAGCCUUGUUCGCAGGCAGCCAGUGUCCACCAGGUGUGUGCAGAUGGGACAGCUUGGCCUACAGCCCGGCAGGCAUCAGCUCCCUUGACCCAGUGGAUAUCGGUGCCCAGGGAGGAGGACCCGCCUGCAGCAUGAACCUGUGGCUCCUGGCCUGCCUGGUGGCCGGCUUCCUGGGAGCCUGGGCCCCCGCUGUCCACACCCAAGGUGUCUUUGAGGACUGCUGCCUGGCCUACCACUACCCCAUUGGGUGGGCUGUGCUCCGGCGCGCCUGGACUUACCGGAUCCAGGAGGUGAGCGGGAGCUGCAAUCUGCCUGCUGCGAUAUUCUACCUCCCCAAGAGACACAGGAAGGUGUGUGGGAACCCCAAAAGCAGGGAGGUGCAGAAAGCCAUGAAGCUCCUGGAUGCUCGAAAUAAGGUUUUUGCAAAGCUCCGCCACAACACGCAGACCUUCCAAGCAGGCCCUCAUGCUGUAAAGAAGUUGAGUUCUGGAAGCUCCAAGUUAUCAUCGUCCAAGUUUAGCAAUCCCAUCAGCAGCAGCAAGAGGAAUGUCUCCCUCCUGAUAUCAGCUAAUUCAGGACUGUGAGCCGGCUCAUUUCUGGGCUCCAUCGGCACAGAAGGGGCCGGAUCUUUCUCCGAUAAAACCGUCGCCCUACAGACCCAGCUGUCCCCACGCCUCUGUCUUUUGGGUCAAGUCUUAAUCCCUGCACCUGAGUUGGUCCUCCCUCUGCACCCCCACCACCUCCUGCCCGUCUGGCAACUGGAAAGAGGGAGUUGGCCUGAUUUUAAGCCUUUUGCUGCUCCAGGGACCAGCAGCAAUCCUGGGCAGCCAGUGGCUCUUGUAGAGAAGACUUAGGAUACCUUCUCACUUUCUGUUUCUUGCCGUCCACCCCGGGCCAUGCCAGUGUGUCCCUCUGGGUCCCUCCAAAACUCUGGUCAGUUCAAGGAUGCCCCUCCCAGGCUAUGCUUUUCUAUAACUUUUAAAUAAACCUUGGGGGGUGAUGGAGUCAUUCCUGCCUGUUA